CCGAGCAACCGUCUGCAUCGCGCGCAGCUCUCGUAGCGAUUUCGAAAAACCCCGCAUCUUUCCAAGGAUAUACACAUCCGCAGGCGCCACCCAGUCGCAUUCCGCAUCCCGAAAAGGAUUCCCAUAAACAUUCCAAACUAACAAUGUCUGCGAUGCCGAUUAAAGCCCUCCUGGCUGGUGUCUUUCUGCUGGCCAAUGCCUGGCACAUCACAGCUGGAAAUGAGCAGCAUCAGAAGAACCACUUGCAGUGCUGGCACUGCAGCUCGGACACCAUUGGUGCGGAGGACUUCUGCGAUGUGACCUUCCAGGAGGACAAUAUACCCACUGAUCUGAUCAAGGAGCGGAACAUCAAUCUGCUGAGGAGUUGCAACAGCACCAUUAAUUCCGAUCACGAGCGGGCCGUUUGCCGCAAAACUGUGGAGGAGAACAAUGGCAAGCUGAUCACCAAGCGGUUCUGCUACUACACCAACAAGUCGGAUCCCGUGGAGCUGUGCAACAUCACCAGUCCGGAGAAGAAUGUGCGACGGGUAUUCUGCGAGGACUGCCUCACCGAUCGCUGCAAUGGAGCCUUCACAGGAGCCUCUAUAUUGGAGAUCUUGAUGCUCCUGCCCAUCGUGGCCCUAAUCCAACAGUUGGCCAUCUAAAGAGGACAUCUCCGUAUUGUAUUUUAGUUGGAACGUGAUAUUUUGCCUGGCCUCAGCGGCUAAGCUGUUGCUGAUUAACGUUUACGUUUAGCUCGGUUUUGACUUAGUUUUGGGGACACUAGCUGCCCCACUCAUUAGCUUACAUUCAGAUUGAAGUUUAAGGUUCGACUAUAAGUUUAUGAUUUGCCUGGCCGAGUGCCAAUGUUCGCCAAGCUCAAAGCCCGAAAAUCAAAUCCACUGAAAACUAUAAAUAAAAUAAAACAAUACCAAAUCAAAUCCAAUUGACACUAUAAAUAAAUAAAACAAUAACCAGUAGAUUUAGAACCCCCAAGCACAGUAAAUACUCACUAACAGUCUAUGUACAACAUGAUAUUUUAAUGUAAAGAACACAAAUCUUCACCUAUGUAAUUAUCACAGAUGCUAGACAAACAAAAAAAUCAAAUCAAGGUAUUAAAGCACUCGAAUAUACAAAACACACCGAAUAAAGUUCACAAAACUAAA